UCAUCGGUGCAGUUGGGCGUUGGACUCCGCAUCUUAUUAGUGACCAGGGAAAUUUCUCCAUUUUCUGAGCUGUCUACAGUGUCACUUGCACAAAUUUGGGAAUUUAAAAAAAAUACUUAAACUCCCCAGGGUUUUUCCUACAAUUUUCUUCUCCGAGACUGGUUUCGAUCGCUACGUUAAGCGAGCUUGUUGGCCAGGUGUUGUAUUCUAAGGACGAGUCUUGUUGCUCUUUGUUCUGUAUUGGGAUCUGUUGAGCUCUUUGUUGGAGCGAAAGCAUGGGAGCGCAAUUCUCUAAGACAGCUGGAAAGGGAGAAACGGCUGCAGAAAACGCCGGAGAGGCUGCAGCUUCACCCUCCAAAGCUAACGGACAGGAAAAUGGCCACGUGAAGGUGAAUGGAGAUGCAUCUCCAGCGGCUGCUGAGGAGAAAGAAGAGGUUCACGCUAAUGGCAGUGCAGCAGCUGAGGAAGGAGAGAAGGCAGAGGCAGCUCCGGCAGAAAAGCAGGCUGAGGAAGGAGAUCAAGCGAACGCAGAAGUGAGUGCAGCCACUGAAGAGGAGCCGGCGAAAGCUGAGGAUGGCGCAACUCCAUCCACAAGCAAUGAGACGCCUAAGAAGAAGAAGAAGCGCUUCUCUUUUAAGAAGUCCUUCAAAUUGAGUGGCUUCUCUUUUAAGAAAACCAAGAAGGAGACCGGGGAUGGAGAAGGUGGUGAUGAGGCUAAAACUGAGGAGGCUGAAGCUACUGAAGCAGGUGUGUCAGAAGAGAAGGAGGCAGAAACCAAACCAGAGGAGAAACCAGCGGAGGAGCCAGAGGCUGCCGGUCCUGCCCCUGAGGAGUCCAAAGAAGAGGAGAAACCCGCAGAGUCAGCAGCGGAGACGGAGCCUGCUCCUUCUAAAGAUGAAGCACCUGUAGCAGAGGAAUCUGCUCCCGCUGUUCAAGAAGCAGAAUCCAGUCCAGAGGUCCAGGCAGAGUCUACCACAGAGUAAUGUGCACAGUGUAGAUCAACAGAGAAAGAGGAAAAAAAACAAAAAAAAACAACAACAGAUAAUCAAGGCAUAUUUUCCUGUUGUACAGUGGAGUGGUCCCAGGUUAUGAGACAAUGGAGAACUAAAGAGCUUUUUAGUCUUUACUUUUUUAUACAUUUCCCCUCUCCCCAAAUUUCACUCUGCCUUUGUGGCUAUUCCUGGAGCAGCGAUAAAAGCAUGGCAACAUUGAAUAAUACAGAAAAUUUUGAAUUUGUCUCAUAUUUUUUCAGCAUCAGUAUUAACUUUUUUCCCCAUUUUAUUUUUGCAUUUUUAUACAAAACAAUGUAAACAUUUAUGAAAAUGUAUAGACAUCCCUGUGGGUUAAAGGCAGCUGGUGUAGUGGUCAAAGAGGGGUGCAGGGUUGGGGAAUGAGGGUUUUUAAAUAUUGGCACCUUGAUGACUCAGCGUUAUGCCAUGUAGUACAAAACAGAAUGACCAUUAAUUCAUUCACUACAGCUUUCAACACUAAAGCAAUUUUUUUUUUAAUAAUAACAAGCCAAUUAAAGUUACAAUGAUAAGUUUAAAACAACUAUUUUAAAGGUCCUGGGAAUUCAAAAAAAAUUGUUGUAACAGUCUGUGAAUUCAGUGAGAAAACAAUUUGCAUAUUCUUUAUUGUGUAUUGCUGGUUCUAUGAGCUUAUUAAAGUGUAAGUAUGUAUAGAAGGGGUGUUUUAACUGUGAUUAUUGUACAAAUGAUAUCUUGAUCUCAAGAAGCACAUGCAGCUCUUCUGUCACCAAGUCUGUUUUUUGUAAGUCAUCCUCAGACCAUUGGAACAUUUUUUUUAAAACUCAAACCAAGCUGUGACACAUAUUCCUGUUUAUACUGUGGUUUUUGAUUACAACAGUUGAUGCUUUUUCAGUGGUCGUUUGACAAAAAUAAGGAACCUAUCAGAUGCAAUGUUUGUGUAGCAUCUUGUCUCUUUCUUUUGUAAAUAUUGGAGAAGCUUUUACCUUUGACUUAGAUUGAAUGUAACUUUGCUUACAGAAUUGAUAUUGAACUUCUCUGCUGAAGGUGUUCUAAAUUUUAUGUGAGCACACUAAAAGCAAAAUAAAUGUGAACGAAAUUUGAA